UAUAUGGCGAAUAGGUGGAAAGGAUGGUUGAAGAUCGUUUAUGUGGUUUUUGCAUUUUGUUCUGCCUUCUGUUUGGGUGCUAUCAAGGGUUUAAUGGUGGGUCCAAUUGCCGGGCUGAUUCUGAUAGUAGGGAACAUUGCGGUGAUUCUCGGUCUUUUCCCUUCGCAUGUUGCUUGGACUGUAUACACCCUGAUCAAGACUAAUAAGUUUGACGCGCCACUUAAGGUGGCUUUCUUCUUUGCUUUGCCUGUUCUGUUUGGAAUUUGGUUGGGUCUGAGCAUCGCUGGCAGUGUUCUUGUGGGUGUUGGUUAUGGUUUCUUCACUCCCUGGAUGUCCGCCUUUGAGGCUUUCAGGCAUGAAAAUGAGUUCAAGAAAUUCUUACACUGCAUUGUGGAUGGAACAUGGGAAACUAUCAAAGGAAGCUGUACUGUUGUUCGGGAUUUUGCAGAUAUUUGCAAUCAUUCAUACCCUCUAUACUUGAAGGAAUUGCGCGAUUCCCCAAGUUCAAAUAGACUUCAACCUCUUAGGUUUAUUCAUGUGCCUGGAUGCAUAAUUGUCGGCUUGGUGGGACUAGUAGUGGAGAUUCCUCUUUACACGGCUAUUGCUUUGGCGAAGAGUCCAUGCAUGUUGUUCAAGGGGUGGCAAAGACUGAUACAUGAUCUCAUCAGCCGUGAAGGCCCAUUUCUAGAAACAGCUUGCAUCCCAAUUGCUGGUUUGACAAUCCUCAUGUGGCCUCUUGUUGAAAGGUCUUUUAGAAGGGGGGUUUCUUAUGUGAUUGCCAUGGUUGCUGAGUUUGAUGAGUACACAAAUGAUUGGCUUUAUCUUCGAGAGGGAUCAAUCCUCCCAAAGCCCCAAUACCGAAAGAAGGAAUUCCCUCAGUCAACACAUGGAGGGAACCAGUUGCCUCCAGACAAAAUCAGCUCUAUUAUAAAAGAAGCACCUCCAAUGCUGAUGCCAAGCCUGUCAUCUUCAAGAUCAGUCAGAGAGGCAAUACAAGAAGUGAAAAUGUUUCAGAUCUGGGAAAACGCUAUGAAGUCCUGUGAAACAAAGGGCAAAGCAUUGCUAGAUGCUAAUGUUAUAACACCAGGUGAUCUAUAUGAAUGGCUAAGAGCAAAAAAUAGUGAUGAAGCUUCAAUUAUUGGCGUAGGAUUGCCUUGUUAUGCCCUCUUGCAGACCAUUUUUUACUCCAUCAAGGUUGGAUCAGACGGUCUGCUUCUUAUUGAUAACUUUGAAAUCAACUACUUAAAUAGGCCCCAGGAUAGAUUGUUGGACUGGUUCUUUCAACCUGUAAUGGUGCUGAAGGAGCAGAUAAGGGUCAUAGAAUUGGAAGAGGCGGAGGCGAGGUUCCUUGAGAAAGUUGUUCUCUUUGGAAAUAACAGCCGGCGGAUGGAGGCUUGGGAAAAUGGCAUACUGAAAGUUUCUAUUUUCCAACACUUAUGCAGGAUGAUGGGAAUGACGAGAAGUAUAUCCAAGUUCCCCACUUACAGAAGGAGAUUUAAGCAGAUUGUCAAGGCCUUAAUCAUAUAUUCUAAAGAAAAGGAAGGCUCUAACAGAUCCAUUUCGACACGAUCAGUUGCCACCAUUGAAGUUGCGUAA